GCACGCUCGCCGCCACGCUCGCUUCUGCCGGACCGAACCUCCGCCGUGCGAGCCCCCCCGCGCACACAAACGCCACUCGGCACCAAUUCCACGUAGACACGUUGAAUUGCUCAUUUGCUCAUCUGCGAGAACAAUACGGCCGCUCGGGAGAGGGAGGCUGGGCUUCGCUCCCACGCCGACCCGAGAGGGGCGCGCCGCACCGGGCGGACUUCGGUACUCGGACAGCUCCCGGCCCCGUUCCCGCGCUCGCUGCGCCGUCCUCCUCGGGACGAUGCGGACGGCGAGUUCGGUACAGCCGGCCGCGGAGUCGCGGGAGAACGCCGACGUGCUGCAUCAGAAGCAGCUCUUCGAGAAGUUCUGGAAGGGGACCUUCAAGGCGGUUGCCACGCCGAGGCCGGAGAGCGUCAUCGUGGCCAGCAUCACCGCGCGCACGAGGCUGACGCGUCCAGAGGCGAAGGCCGACCAAGCGCCGGACGACCACCAGACGGACGAGAUGGCCGCUGACCCCAAGCCACGUGACGACGCCGACUCCACGGUGCCCCCUAUUGGCGGGAAGAAACACCACCGCCAUCGCCACCGCCGCCGCCGCCGCAGCCGCCGGGCCAAGAGCGCCUCCUUUGGCGAGGAGCUGUCACUGCAGCCCAAAGCCAAGAAGAAGAAGAAGCGAAAGUCCGAGCGCAAAAGGCCGAGGAGAAGGUUGCCCUCCCGCAGCCUCUCUCCGCUUAGGAAGAAGAAGAAAAAGAAGAAGAAGAAAAGCUCCAAGAAGAACAAGCGGCAUCGAUAUACCACCAAAAAGUCCAAACACGGCGGCUCCUCCGGUUUCAAGCGGAAGAAAAAGGAUGAGCGCAAACGCAAGAAAAGCUCUCGGACCGGCUGGCGUGGGAAACGGCGCCACGGGAGGUCGGCGUCGGACCGCCCGCCGUCCGCAGAGGACAGACAGACGGCGUACAAAAAGGAAACACGUCCAACGUCAGAGGCCAAGUGGACGAGCGGCGGCGCUGCAAAAACCGUCCACCCCAGCGCCUCCAUGUUUUCGUCCGAGCUUUUCCGAGGACGAGCGUGCCGGCGGGCCGGGCGCCCGCACGACUGCGACUCCGGCAACGACACGUCGUCGCCGCCGUCCGGCAAGUCGAGCGUGGCCGACGACAGCGACGGGCCGCGGCCGCGCGCGGACGACGCCUCCGACUCGGGGAACUCGCUGACCAGUUACGCAUCCGGCGGGGAAGACGGCUCGGGCGCCGGCGCGCUCCCGAAGAGAGAACACGAUGCUUUGGGAUAUCGGUUAGACGCGCCAAGAUCUCCGCAGACGUCCUCCAGGGGGCGACCGAGCACCGAGUGGCGUCGCGGACUCAGGAGGAGCAGAUCGUCGGGAAGCUCCAGAUAUAUGGGACGACACUCUCCGAGCUCGUCGCUGUCCUCUGCCAGCUCCGACUCCUACUCUCACUCGCCGAGCUUUUCGACAGACCUGAGGCGGCGGCGGGGCAGCUUGAGUAGCGUGAGCUCCCGAGGAAGCUACUCCAGACACAAACAACGAAGGUUGCGAUCCAGAGAGCGAGCGUCCAGCUCCAGAGAAACAGACGUCGAGCACAAAGUCAGCAGGAAGAGGUGGAGACGCAAGUCCUACUCGCCCAUGAGGAAGAGGAGGAGGUACUCACCCAGCCAUCUGGAAGCCCGACGGAUAACCAGCGCCCGCAAGAGGCCCGUGCCGUACUUCCGGCGCAGCGCCAGCCCUUCGUGGUCGUCCCGGAGCAGCCCGUCAUCGCGAUAUCGCUCUCGCGCUCGGAGCUCCUCCUCGUCUUCGUCCUGCCGCAGCGUCAGCCGCGGCUCGUCGUGGAGUUUUGGGGCACGCUGCCGCAGCGCCAGCAGGUAUUAG